GGCAUAUAUAUCGUAAUCUAUCAGCACGCGCAUCCAUCUGACGAAUCCCUCUCCUGUCGUGAUUUGUUUUGAUUUUUUUUUGUGCUGGUACGGAUAAUUUCUGGAAGUAUUUUUCCAGGCUCCUUUCUCAUUGAUACUCCAUUAGAAAGUAACAAAAAUACGGGUCUACUACCGGUUUUCCGUGGUACUCUUUGUUGUUGUAUACUUUGGCUAUUUAACCUAUUGCUGUUUUUCAUCCAGUCGCUGUCGGUGGCUACUGUUUUCUCCGAACGCCGCUAUGUCCGAUCAACAUCAUGGUGUUACCUCGAUUUCUCGAGUGUACUCUGAUGUCUUGCUGACCAAGCCACAGGCUUAUUGGGACUAUGACGACCUCAAUAUCAAGUGGAACUCACAAGACAACUAUGAGAUCAUCAAAAAGCUCGGGAGAGGAAAGUACUCUGAAGUCUUUCUCGGAAUUGACUUGUCCAAGCAAGAGAAAGUCGUUAUCAAGGUGUUGAAGCCAGUCAAAAGAAAGAAAAUCAAGCGGGAAAUUUCCAUCUUGAAAAACUUGUUCAGUGGACCUAACAUUGUAGCCUUGCUUGAUGUUGUUCGUGAGCCGCAGCUGAAGACUCCUGGACUCAUUUUCGAACACAUCAACAACGUAGACUUCAGAAGCUUAUAUCCCACCUUUGGUGAUUACGAUAUACGGUACUAUAUGUAUGAGUUGUUGAAGGCUCUUGACUACUCCCAUUCUAUGGGCAUAAUGCACCGAGACGUCAAGCCUCACAACGUCAUGAUUGACCACGAUAAACGGUCUCUUAGACUCAUUGACUGGGGUUUGGCAGAAUACUACCAUCCAGGUACUGAGUACAAUGUGCGUGUUGCUUCUCGUUAUUUCAAGGGCCCGGAGUUGUUGGUGGACUUUCGGUUGUACGACUACUCGCUUGAUAUGUGGUCGUACGGUUGUAUGCUAGCAUCGAUGGUGUUCAUGAAGGAACCGUUUUUCCAUGGCAAGUCCAACACUGACCAGUUGGUGCAAAUCGUGAGAGUUUUGGGCUCCAGCAGUCUCAACAAGUACCUAGCGAAGUACAACUUGACUUUGAGCGAGGAAUAUGAGGACAUAGGCUAUUAUAACCGAAGACCAUGGGAACGCUUCAUCAAUGACAACAACCAGCAUUUGCUUUCCAAAGAGUUCCUCGACUUCAUCGACCAGUUGUUGAGAUAUGACCACCAGGAGCGAUUGACGGCCAAAGAAGCCAUGGACCACCCGUACUUUGAUCCUGUGAGGGCUGCCGAGGGUAACUAGGGUACGACGACGACAUAGAUCUACGGUAUUAUAUAUAGUUCAGUUCUCGUAAUAUAUUAGUAAUGUG